AUGUCAGAGCAGCUGGAAUACACGCUCUUCUACUGGCCCGAGAUCCCAGGCCGGGGCGAGUUCGUACGCCUCUGCUUCGAAGCCGCCCGUGUCGAAUACAAGGAACAGAACGAUGUGACAGAAUUGUCCAAGCUGCUUUUGAACAAGGACGUUGCUGGCAUGGCCGCUCCCCACUUUGCCGUGCCCGUACUCGGCGUCCGUCAUUUCGAAGAUGCAGCUUCUACCUUGAAGAAAGCGAGGGCAGACACCGCGACCGACGUCAAGGACUCUGGCAAGACGCACUACAUUAGCCAGACACCCGCCAUCCUCAGCUUUCUCGCUCCCCGACUCGGUCUGCUCGGCGAUGCAGAAAAGCUCGAAAGAUUCGAGCGCGAUGUAGCCGUGGCUCAGAUCCAACAGCUUUGUGCAACUGCACUGGACCUCAACAAUGAGGUACACGACACGCACCAUCCCAUCUCAACCUCGUCGUACUACGAAGAUCAGCGAACAGAAGCCAAAGCACGCGCUGCCGAUUUCCGCACCAACCGUUUGCCCAAGUUUCUGCAGGUGUUCGAGGCCGCCUUGCGCGACAAUGGCGCCGACCCAGAUCAGAAGCAGCUAGCAGCCACAAGGUUGUGGGGAAGCAAGACGACCGUGGCCGACCUGACUGCCUUCCAGGUGGUAGAUGGGCUGCUCUUUGCGUUUCCCAAUUGCAUGCAGAACUUGAAGCAGGCAGGCAAGUUCGACCAAGUCUUUCGGCUGCACGACCAGAUCAAGGACGAGCUGAAGGAGUAUUUGCAAAGCGAGAGGAGGCUGCCCUACUCGAACGGCGUCUUUCGGCACUAUCCUGAGCUCGAUGAUGCCGAGUAA